UAAUUUAAAGGGAUAUGUCAUGUUUUUCGUUUGAUCUUUUUUUAAAACAAGAUUUAGUGAAAGUCGGUAAAGGCUAACUAGCACUUUCCUGCACAUUGUAAUUCACUGCACACUUUAGUUGCACACUUUGAGGUACACUGAGUUUGCUGCUGGGGUUGUUCUGCUUGUGUGAAGUCACAUGUGGUACAGUAAACCUGACCAAGUGUGGAAACUUUUAACACCAAGUAGGAAGUAAGUGCUCUCCUUAUUUUUGUUUCUUUCUUAUUUUUUAUAGUUUCAGUCUGCUUAUUUUAAAGAGUACUUUUUUACUUUACAAUGCCAUGACUUAAACGUUAUCAAUGCUACAGAAGACACUACUUUGAUGCCCAUCUAGCCCCAGUGAAACUAAUUAUAUCCAUGACUACAAAAGAAGUCACUGCAGCACAGCAGUGUAUUUGUGUCAUCACUUCUAUCCAGUGGGGAUUUGUCACCAUGCCUAUUUUGCUUAAAGGCCUUUUCCUGGAAAGCCUCAUCUGCUACAGUACCUGGCAACAGUCUCAUCUCACUUAAUCAAGGACAGCACUGAUGGUGAAAAGACAGCACCACUCCCAGUUAUCUUUAGGUUCAACAAAACACGAAAGCAUGCGUAUGCAAAGCAUAUAUUUAUGUUUGGUGACCUCUGAUAACCCAUCUGAAAACCCUUCACUGCCUUGCAUUCACACCCACAAGCCUGCUAGCAUGAGCCCACUCAUUACUGCUUAAUCACUGAAUUACGUUUAAUCAGGUUCAUUUUCACACCUCAUUACUAUUAAUGGAACACCAUUAUUUGAACGGGUACUUCUGCGAAGAAUUAAAGGCAUGCCAAAAGGCUUGUAGAAUUUUAGCAGGAUUUUCACAUUCAGACACAUUCAGAGCCUUUUUUUUAGAAUAUGUCUUUGACAGCCAAAGCAUCCUGUUGCUUUUUGAUAUUAGCAGAAUGAAGACAUGUGGGAAAAUGGCAGGGAAGUUCUCACUCCUCCUUACUUGAUUUUAAUAGCUAAGAUGGUUGGUUGUUAAUGCCAGCAUCAUAGCAAGCACUGCCAUGGUUACCUGAGUGGAAACCAAGCCAUUAGGGACUCUGACUCCUCCCAGCCCAUAAUUCUCCUUGGACUCAUAAACAUGUUUACUUACAAUGACACAGCCAAAGAAUAGGCAAAUCCAUAAUGCAUUUAUUUGACAAAAAUAAAAGCAUGCACUUCCUCUCACAGGUUGCAUGAAAAGCAAAGACUUUGUUUGUCGUGUUUAUGCUGAUUAUCCAGGUUGUUUCGCUGACAGCAAUUUAAAACCCGCUUAAAAAAACAUUUACCUCUUUCCAAAAUUAAUAUACUUUUAGUAAAUUAAUAAGAUGGUAACUGCAAAUAUCUAAAUUCAUAUAAUACUUACCUGUUGGAUGCUGUAAUUUUGUGGUACAUUUGGGACCGUUGGGUCAUUAAGGGGAGGGGAAAGAUAGCCACAGAGGACUUGGUCUUUGACUACACCCUGAACAGUGCGCUGGUAUCAUUUCAAAGUGAAAUAUGGAGGUAAAAUGUGGUGCUUAAAUACAUGGGUGAGAUUCUGAUGUUAAAAUGAGUUGGAUGUUCUCGUUUGGGGUGGCUGUGGCCCUGCUGGCUCUCUGUAGGGGACAGGACACUGUGAAUGAAGGAAAUAGCCUGUGUCUGUCUGGCUACCACCUGUGCACUCAUAACGAAACAAAGAUUGUGAGUUUCCUGGUGGUGCACAAGGUUCCCUAUUCAGUGUCAAAGCCUUGUGGCGGUUGGCUCCUCUGGAAGACUUGUAAUGUUACAAUGUACAGGAUGAUCCAUCAGACUGAGUACAAGCUGGUGACGGAGCAGGUGAUGGGAUGCUGCUCUGGCUAUGUGCAAGUUGGUCGUUACUGUGCCCUGCCUGUAAACAGGAGUGGUGAGUUUACUUCCAAGCCAGGAUCCUGUCCAACUGCAGAUGGAUUGCAUCCCAGUUCUGAGGAGUGUGACUUGGAUAUAGACUGUCCAGGCUGGCAAAAAUGCUGCCAGAGAUCUCACCACUCUUCCUGCAGUGAUCCAGCAACAAAUUACUCUGAGAAUGGAGGAAACCGUUUGAAUGCAACAGUGACAGUGAAGACAGACUACCAGCAACUGAUGUCCAAGAAUGAAGGGCUUCUGAAUCACACAAGGCUGCUGCAAGCAAUGGUGACUGGAGCUCUGCAGUCUGAUGUUUCUGUCUAUUAUCUCAGCACAUGGCCUGUGCAUCCCUACAGAACUGCCACCUCUCUGCUGAUUGAGUGUAACUUCACUCUCUCGUUGUACAACGUCACAUCGAAGCUGCAUCGCCUUCUCGAACGCAUAGAGGAAGUGUCUUCAAUAACAGUGCAAGAUGUAGACGAGUGUGCACAUUCUGCUCUUCGGCAGUGCUCGCUUUGGGCCGACUGCAACAACACAGUGGGUUCUUAUGAGUGCGUCUGCCACCAAGGUUACAUUGAUGUUGACCCGAGCAACCCUGGAGCCCACUGCUCAGCUGACACUGGAGUGUGGCCCACCGCCCUGACCAGCCCUGCAUUGAUGAACACAACCUAUCCCCCUGCUUCCAGUCGCACACAAGGCCCUCCUGGAUACAACACAACAGAUUUCUUCACAUCCACUGAGAUCAGCGUGACUGCGGCUCCGAGUAAUACGACCUCUGUCUCUUGGAAUUCAUCACAAGCUUCGCUGUGGACGAGUUCUGCAUCUCACAGCCAAAUGAAUACAGCUGUGGAGUCAGCUCAUCCAGCGACAACAUGCUCUCCCCCCAGCAUCAGCAGCUUAUGGUCUGCUAAUGUUACUGGAACGUCCUUCUCUGUCUGCUGGUCCAAUCAUGCCGAGACAAAACAGACUUACCUGGUUGUUCUAAGGAAAGGGUCAGAGGUCAUUCAGACUCAGAAAAUCAGUGAUACCACGAUAGAGGUGAGCGGACUGAAGCCUGGACUGCUCUACAAUGUUACCGUCACACCUCGUGCCUGCGGAAAUCAAGGAGCCCCUCUUCACAUCUCAGUAAAAACCUACGCUCAGACUCUCGAUGCCACAACACGACUUACCAACAUAAAGUUCACAGCUGACCUCCAGAACACCAGCAGUCAGGCGUACAAAACCCUCAGUGAGAGUAUAACAGAAGAGAUCUACCAGUCUGUGUCUCCAGAGGUGAAAGCCAUGGUGGAUUCAGGCCAGGUCAGGAUCGAGAUCAGAAACUUUUCCCCGGGGAGCGUGAUGGUCAACUUCACCAUAGUGUUUAUCCCAAGUCAAAGCCUGGACAUAAGCAAUGUGUCCACAGCAGUUCUGCAGUCCCUGACGAACAGCUCGACAUACACAGUAGAUCAAAACAGCACAAGUCUAAAUGAUUUUAAUGAAUGUGCUUCGGGGGAAAAUGAUUGUUCCCAGUCGGCCACAUGUAACAACACCUGGGGCUCCUAUACAUGUGUUUGCCUGUUCGGGUUUACUGACAACGACCCAGAGAGACCUGGACGGGUCUGCCAAGCACCUACAACCUUAGAAACAGCGGCACCGCCCCUGACGACAGCUGUAACCACUUCAACUACUGCUCCAGAAAUAACCACAGACAGUAUAUCAACAAGUCACAUGGUUUUCACAACAAUCUCAACUGUUGCUCAAGCUUCCACCAUCACUACCCCGACAACCAGUACUUCCCUAACAGCCAUCCCCGCCUCUACAAUUGCCACAACAACUGCUACCAGCUCAACAAAAAGUACCACUGCUCUGGGAUCUGCCACCGACGACUCUAUCCAAGAAGCCCUCUCAGUCCAUUGCAGACUUGCGGCCAUCACUGUGACUGUCACUAAGAAUUUUCUUCUGAGCUCCAUGAUCCAGGAGAGUGCACUUUACUUGGGCACGGUGGGCUGUGGCAUCAAUGGCGGCAAUGACACGCACGUGGAGCUGACCGUGGCCUGGAAUGAGUGCGACACUAAACUUGUGCAAAAUGAAACCCACUACAUAGCCUCUGUAAACCUGCUUGACACUAUGGAUCCAUACACUUCACCAACGGGAGCAACAGAGGUGCCCAGAAAACAGCUGGAAGUCCCAAUCAUGUGUACCUACAUGAAGAGCAUGCUUAUUUCUGCAGACCUUAGCCCCAUGGGGUAUGACAUAAUUAAAAUCACAGGAUCGGGGUCAUUGCAGAUGAGCGUGCAUCUGUUGGACAGUGCAGUGCCUCUGCCCUACAACUACAGCCUGUCCCGUGAGCAGCCCGUGGUAGUGGAGGUCAGACUCAACACCUCUUCAGAUCACAUUAAAGUAGUCAUCAGCAAGUGCUGGUGCACUCCCACCCCAAACCCCGUAGACGCCUACAGCCAUGUCUUCCUGGAGAAAAGCUGUUCCCUGAAUGCAUUCACCAAAGUGAUGAUGAACGGGAACUCCAGCACGUCCCGUCUGUCCGUGCAGAUCUUCUCCUUUGUCAACCUGAAGGUGAUCUAUGUGCACUGCAAGGUUCAGAUCUGCCUGCAGACUGAGUCGAAUAGCUGCGUGCCAGACUGUCACCAGAGAACAGCUCGAUCUGUAAAUGCACUUGGAACAAGGUUCGGUUCAGCUGGGCCUCUGAUGAAUUCAGAUGAAGAGCCCUUGGAUAAGGAGCUGAGCACUCUAAAUGUAGUUGGGCUUUCCAUUCUGGGAAUUUGCUUGUCGCUCUUCUUCAUCUGUUCCCUCGCCUGCCUCUUCUACUGCCAGAGGAACCGCAUCGGACACUACAAUUUUAACGUCAAACCCAAAGAGGAGAAGUUCACCUACCUUGCCUAUAACACCUAAUGACAGCCCCUGCACCCACAGGCACACAAUUAGAAGAGAUUAGACGUGCUGUCGCUGCUUUUACGCUACACCUGCCACCAUGUGUCACUGUUGCACCAUUCACCCUUUAUCGUGUACAUGAAACUAUUAUGUACAGUUUGAAUUUAAAUUCCACCUGCACCUUCUUUGUAUAAUUAAGAUAUUCAAACGAUAGAGUGGUUGUAUACAGCGAUGUCAAAUGUAGAAACUAUCAAUAUUUCAUGCAUGACAUAUUUAAUGACUGCAGAGAAUCAGAUACCAAGUAACUAUGCAAGUGUUGGUCUCUGUAUCCUAUUCUUACAGUCAAACGUGUUCAUAGCUGCCUCUUUAAAUCAUGUUAUUUAUGCUAUUUUUUUGCUGUCUGUUAUCUAUUGUGUUUACUGACACAUAAUUUGUGCUCUAAGUGGUGAGACAAUAAACACGUCCUGUAUAAACUCAGACACUUGGGGGUGCUGCUAACACAGUUCUUCAUUAAAAAAAACAGUCCAAGAUGGCUUCCUGCACUCAGAGUAAACACGAGCGUUUACAGGGGACGAUGUGAGGCGGUGGAUUCAGAAAAAACGAAAAAUUUACAGUCCCGCUUUUAUUCGGUUGGCUGGAGGUUGUGCUGUCAGUUUCUCCUUUACCCAGAUCAGCGGUUAAUGAAAACAUCUCAUAUGAGCCUUUCUCAGCAGAGAAGAGCCAAAGAUGAGAGCCCAGCUUUUCUUUCACACUUUGCAUAAUCCGACAUUGUCACGGGGUCAGAAAUGCAGCAGCGAUGGGGGUGAAUACUAAAAAGAGGAGAGGCUUUCUCUUUCAUGGGAGGUCCCUGGAGACCUGCGGUGAAGGAGGGCUUACUACCAUCUGGAGUGCAGCAAAUGCUCCGCCUUCUCAUUAACCCAUUCAGCCUCACAGUCUGAAACCUGGCAACCCAUCGCUAUGGCAACAGCUCUGUGCAGGGAUGGAGGGGAAUGACGGAUGCAGCAAGAAGGAGCGAGAGCAGCAGUGAUCAAAGCAGAGGAAUGGCUGCAGCUCAGGAGCUUCUAUUUCUUCCUUUCAGACAAACCACGUGAUGACGUUAUAUCACACACAGCACAUUCCUGGGCUUCAUCUCUGCUGCUGAGUGUUUCGGUAAUGGUUUCCAGUUAGUCUCUGGACAGCACUAUAUUUCAAAUGUGCAGGUGUUUAAUAAUUUAGAAGCAACUCACACACACACACACACACACACACACACACACACACACACACACACACACACACACACACACACACACACACACACACAGUGUCAAUUAUCCCAGUUUUUAAACACAAAUAACUUGUGUCUGUUGAGUGCUUUCUAAAUUUACGAGUCAGGAGCGUGACAGUGCCGUGAAUUACUUUUCCAACUUUGUGCGUCUGUAUUCUGGGAGGCAGUAAUGGCUGUAACAUGAUCCACGUCUCCACAGUCCUUCCUGUUUUCCUCCUCCUGCAUCCUACACCAGUCUCUCUGCCUCACUGUUCAUCCCGUAACAGCGGCUCUGAAACAGUGAUUGGUUCUGCUUCAUGAUCUAUGGCUGUAAAUGUGCUUUCUCUCACACGGGUCAUUACUAAUUAAACAUCCUGAUCCCGAUUGUAUUUUCAUAGAGCACAUUAACACUGUCCCUCAGGCAUCUGGCCAGUGUAAUGGCUUUGUAAUCUUCAGAGGUGAGAGAUAUAAUUAUGCUGUCCGUGAACUAUUAGAAAAUACCUCUCACUUGAUAUACAACAUCUAAUUCUCAGUCAGUUCCAUCAGUUUGUUUCAGUUGUGAAAAACAUUUACUCCAGUAUGUUUUUCAUGUAUUUCAUAAUUGCAGUUUCUAGUCAAAGAAUUUAAUGCAAAGUUAUAGACUAUGUUAAUCAACAGUGAAACUGUUACCAAAGGAUAUCCUAUAGUUACUUGCUAGGCACGAUGCAUUUACACUCAGUAAUCUGGAAUUUCAAUGACCAGUUGAACAUUGUGUUUUUCUUCUAAUUGGGAGCAGAUGAGUUUAGCAGAGUUUUCUUUUUUUGAAAAUUCAAAAAGAGCUGCUCUUCAUCCACAUUCAAAAAAGUCUGGGUCUCCUAGCUGAGGUACACCGAGCAUGCUCAACUGGGAGGAGAACCUGGACUGGAGAUUAUAAUCUGGAGAGAUUAUGGCUACGUUCACUCUGCAGGUCUUGAUGCUCAAUUCCGAUUUUUUGAUCAAAUCCGAUUUUUUUGUCUGC